AUGGCCCCGGCCGUUCCCCUGUGCCGGGCGGGGCCGCCCCGUCCCCGGCCCUGGGCGGCCCGGCGCGGUCUCGCCCUCGCCCGGCUCCCGGCGCGCCGGUUGUGGCGCUGCUGGGCGCUCCUGUGGGGCUGGCUGUGGGACGGGCUCGGCCUCGCCGCCCCUUGGCUCCGCCUGGCUCGAGCCCGGCGCCUGCCGGGGCCGGCGGGGGCCGCGGGCGCCGCGGCCGCUGCCGCCUCCUCGGCGGCUUCCCCGGCCAGAGCUCCGCCGCUCGCCAGCCCGGCCGCCGGCAGCGAGCCGCCGCUGCCCGCUGCGGCUGGGGAAGCCCGGCCCGGGCCGCUUGAGGGGCGCUCGGGGGCCGUGCCGGGCCCCGGCCCCAACGCUGACGGCCACGUCUCGCCCGCACCGAAGGCCAAGGAGCCGCUGCACGAGCGCUACCGGCUGCAUUCGCUGCUGGGCAGCGGCGGCUUCGGCCGCGUCUACGCGGGGUCCUGCCUGGCGGACGGAGCCCCGGUGAGUGCAGCAGGAGGAGGAGGAGGAGGAGGAGGAGGAGGAGGGCGGGACGGGCGGCGAGCUCAACCCGCCCUUCCCCUUGGCUUGCAGGUGGCCAUCAAAGCCGUGUCCCGGGAUGGCAUCCGGCGCUGGGGCGAGCUGCCUGACGGCACCCGGGCCCCCCUGGAGAUCGUGCUGCUGGACAAGGUGUCCAAUGGCUUUCGUGGUGUCAUCCAGCUCCUGGAGUGGUUCGAGCUCCCCAACGGGUUCCUGUUGGUGAUGGAGCAUCCGGAGCCGUCUCAGGACCUCUCUCGCUUACUGAGGGCGUGGGGGUUCCUGCCGGAGGAGAUGGCGUGGGGGCUGUUCCGCCAGGUGCUGCAGGCCGUGCGGCACUGCACCAGCUGCGGCGUCCUGCACCGGGACAUCAAGCCCCAGAACAUCCUCCUCCACCUGGCCACCGGCGAGGCCAAGCUCCUCGACUUUGGAUGUGGCACCUUCCUUAAGGACACGGUCUACACCCAGUUUGCAGGAACACUGUCAUACAGCCCGCCAGAGUGGAUCUACCUCAAGCGCUACCACGGCGAGGAGGCGACCAUCUGGUCCCUGGGCAUCCUGCUCUACCAGAUGGUCUGCGGGAAGCACCCUUUCCGCAAAGGCCCCAACACCAUCUGGGCCCAGCUCCCGUUCCCAGCACGGGUCUCUCCAGGUGGAUACCAAUCUUUGUGGCACGGGGGGAAUAACGGUGUUGGGAGAGGGCAGCGGGCUCACGAGGAUGCCGCUCUUGAAGCUGUUUGUGUCCCAUGGGUGGCUGGAGGAGGUGGCCUGUGUCCUGCCAUCCUGCUCUCCUCCAAAAGGGAGAAUCGAUGGAGAAGUUUGGGCACAGCUCUGAGCACAGCCAGCACAGCCUGGGCACGUGGACAGUGGGACAGAGGGGACAGGAUCCUUCUCCAACUGACCGGCCAUUUUCCCCCCAGGCUGCCAGCACCUUAUCAGGUGGUGUUUGUCCAUCCGCCCCUCGGACAGGCCAGCACUGGAAGACCUGUUGUGCCAUCCUUGGGUGCAGGACAUUCCCCUGCCCUAGAAGACGGGAGAGAUCCACGUGCUCCCUUUGAUCCAGGGGCCUGGCAGACAGCUGGGCCCUCGGCAGAACGCUGACAGCCUGGUCUGGCCCCCAGGGAAGGAGAAGGGGCCUCUGCAGAAGCUGUGCCGGGUGGGCCUGCUGCUGGAGACAUCGAGGACGACGUCAGGGAUGACAAGCUCUCAGCUGACCUGGACGCCGGCGAGCUGAAGAGGAUGGACUUUGAUUCUGGCCCCUUCCUCCAAGCCGUGCUCCACACACCGUUUGCAGAUGAGUCCACACCCAGGGGGUGCUCCCGGACACGGGCAUUGCUCAGCCUGGCUGGGCACCGAAGGUUCCCCCUUUGCUGAUGGGGAACCUGAGGAAUUCUUCAGCCGGCUGCCAAGCUGCUUCUUGGCAGGAGGGCGGGCGGGUGCUCUGGGCUGGGUGUGAAAUGGGAGCCCGGCUCUGCCCCCAGCCUCUGCCACUGCCCCUUUGCUGGGCGGGGCUGGGGCAGGGGCAGCCAGCCUGCCAAAAACAAACCCCCGUGGGGGGAGCAAAGGCGGGGCUGCAGAACACCAGCUGCUUUGGGCUGCAGGCCAGGAAAGGCUUGGGCUGCCUUGGCUUAGGAGCCUUUCUUUGGGCCAGUGCAGCAGGGCAGGGAGAAGGCCUGGGUUUUCCUCAGCUGGAGGAGGGGGGGUUUUCCUUUGGCCUGCAGGGCUUGGGCCUUCCUCAGAACCCUGACAGAAGGUUAACAUUUUACCUUUUUUUCUUGUUUCCACUUUUGGUUUGUAAUCUCUGUUCAUGAAUUUGUUGUUUGUUUUCCAGGGAAGAGUUGGAGCUGGUGCCCAGUCCGGGUUGGGAAGGGCUGGGACCAUCCCUGGAGAGGAUCUGACGUCCCCUCUGAGAAGGCUGAGGACAUCCUUUGGGACACGCUCUUCUUGCGGCAGCAGAUCUUGGGAGGUAGAUGCUCAUCUUGCCCAUCUUGUCAGCA